AUGGCCGAUCUCGCCCUCAUGGCCCUCUCCGAGAACAAACCAGUCGAUGCCGUAGAGCUCUCGCAGGCACAAGUCAUGGUUGUCGAAGCCGAAAAGUGGAUUAUCGAAGAGGCACAGGCUACACCCGACAAGAAAAAGAGCAAAGCUCGCGCUCGCACGGUCCUCAACACCAUGAACCGCGUCCUCGUCGUCAUUGAGGGCACCUCUGUCUUUUUUCCGCCUGCAAAGUUAGCUGUCGAAGUCCUCAAGGGCCUCCUCAAGCUGGAGCUUGACAGACGAGAUAAUAGCGAGCAAAUCGUCGCCAUGUUUCAUUCCAUGACUACAAUGCUCUUCGUUCUCCGACACCUUGACGGUUUAGCGCUCGGGGAAGACGAGCUCAGUUGGCGUCUCGAACACUUAUUGGACGCCAUGCGCAAGAGCAUGGAAGAAUUCGGUGACCUUGCCGACCUAUAUUACAACAAAUGCAAACAACCCGUCGUUCGCUUUUUCAAAUCUUCCGACUUUAAACUCCGGAUGCAGCUCUUCAAUGACCAAUUCAAUCAGUACCGACGCGACCUCCAAGAUGUGCUCCUCGUCCGUGCAGAUGGUCGCGGCCAAACGAUGCAGGCCGAUGUCGAACGCAUCAAAGCCAACACAGAGCUCAUACUCGCACGACUCGGGCAGCCCGUCAACGAACAAGAAGCACAAGCCGUCAGACUCGUCGAAGCUUGUGGUCGCGAGGUUGUGCUCCACGACAAAGCUAAGCUCGAGGAAGUUUCCGUCUUGAUUGGUGGCGGACGUGUCACAGGAAACACGCAAGCACUCUUGGACACGAGUCUGGAUGACCUCUUGGUGUCGAAUAUGAAGCAGUUUCACUUCAAACUCGAGGCUUCGAUGGCACAGAUGCAUGAGAGUGUCAAUAAAGCAAAGGAGGCCAUUCUCAAAAAGCUCGACUCUGGACCUCAUGAACUGAUUGAAGAUCCAGACGUCAAAGCGGUUUGGCAAGCAAACGCGUGGAGAUUGAGCGUCAAGUGUCGCCACUUUGUUGAUGAACUAAGCAACCACUACGAGGAGAAGUUUCGCAACGAGAUUAUCAAAAACGAUGGGCAGACCCCAAAAGAUAACUGGACGUUGGCAAUCAUUUCCAAAGUCAUGCACCAUCCUGCUAUUGGUGACGCGAUCGACGAGGAUGGUAGUGGCUUCAUCUCGCUCUACGAGGUCAAUUCUUUCCUGACACAGCGACCCGAGUCAUGGUCUACCCCCGAGUGGCUAGCAUACUGGGCGAUUGGGUGGAGGAUGAGCAACAUCAAAUAUACCAACCAAAUUGCUGAACACCUUGACGACCUGAGCAAAUUGUGCAGGCAAGUAGUGGACAAACACAAAGGCAAUGGCGACGAAGGCUACGCGGGACUAGUCACGAAGUACACCCAGAAGCUCCGUAUCAUGAGAAAUAUGAACUCGUGGGCGCACACUGUACAAGCCGACGACAGUGCCAUGCAAGACUUGUCCAUGGAAGGCGAGACGCGCUUACAGGAACUACUCGACCAAGCAUCAAAGGACCAAAUCAAGAUCAUUUCAGAACGCCUCGACGUACUCAAAUGGUUGCUGGACGAUCCCGCAGACUUGCCUGUCCUCCUUGGCGGUACGGAUACCCGAAUCGAGCUCGUGUUCUUGUGCAUCGCAUCGUUGAUCCUAGGGAGACAUGUCGAGGAUAUGGAACAGGCGCUCUCCGGAGGCAGUGUAUCAGAUGGCGCUUUGGCAAUCAUGACGGAGACCUUGGACAUGCUCACAGACAUGUUUCACGAUCGCAUGCAAGCGCUUAUUAGAGGGUGGCGUGCGCAAAAACUGCAUGUCGAGUUGCACAUUACGUGCUUCGCCGGCGGAAUCUAUGCUGGAUGGUACAAUGCUUACAACCACCCAAGUGGUGAGAUGAAGCGGCUCGUCGACAAAGCUUCUACAGCAGACGAGUCAGACGAGCUCGAAAAUCACUCCAAUGCCGCAAUUAUGAAUGAGGUCAAAAGUCUCAAUGCCUCAAUAGUUCAAGUCAAUGACAAGAUUGGCCGGCUCGACGAGCGCAUGGAUAGCAUCGUAUCCAUGUUGCAGACGCUCAUUGCCGCUGCGCAAAAGAGUGGCCAUCCAGCUCCAGCAAAGAAAGUCGCAACAACUGAGGUGAAACUCGGGCUUGAGUCAGAUCCUCAGAUCGAGAUUCCACUUGAUUUGCAGUCUGAGUCCCUCGGUUCUGCUCUUGGAUCCAUCAUCUCGCCGUUCUCUACUGUGACUGAUGUCGCAGUGUCCGAAGGAGCAGCGCCCGUCGCGGCCAUCACUGAUGCACUAUCUGGGGGAUUGCUCACAGGUGCCCUCGAAUACCGGGAAACUAUUGGGGGUAUGGCGAGCAGCCUGAGAGUGGGGGUAUCCGGUUUCAAGCGGGGAAUCAAGGGCUCGACCAAACCCGGGAAGGGAGAUUCUAGGGACAAGAACAUUCCGGUGGAAGUCAAGGUUCCUAUCAAAUCGGAUGAUCUCGACGAUAUCGUUCAAGGAUACGGAUACGACCAUGAGCCUCCCACCAAACACCCGGAAACCCAGGGUACCAACGCGGUCUCAUUCCCUCGUCUGCCAGACAUGCGUGAAGGAUCCAAUUUCCAAUCUUCAAAUGGCUCUCACGACGACCCGGGCCCAAAAUCACCUGAAGCUCAGGUGGACCGCGGAGGAAUUGUGAUCGCUAGCGGACAUGAGCUCUCGAAAGAGUUUUACCCUCGUGAUAUUUAUUCGCCUGACUCUCAGAAUGCAUUAUCCGAGGGUGGCUCUACGACGUGGAUGACAGACGGCAGGAGUGCGGGCACACCAGUCGAUCUGAGCAAGUCGCCAAGCGUGCAGACGUUUGGAACACCGGGCUACGAAGAUUACUCGGUACCUAGUCCCCGCAUUCCAAUGAGUGAACUAGGCAAUGCGACGGCGAAUACGCUGAGGAAGAUGCGCAAGCAAAGCAGGUCGAAUCUCAGAGAUGGCCACUUUGGCUCGGGGCAUGACACUCGUCCGAGUACCGAUGAAAGCGUCAAGAGCUCUGGUAGCGCCUUUGGAGGAUUCGGGAAGAGCAUGCGCAAGCGGCUCAAUUCGCUCAAGGGCAGCAAAGAGACGCCGUCAAAGGAGUGGGAGCGACCCCCUGCUACGCCCGAUCAUUAUCCACUGAGCUCUCGAGGCCAGAUUACGACGUCGAAGGAAUGGGAAGGCGCCUCUCCCAAGCUCGGGCAUCCUCCCUCAUCGAGCUCUCGAGACAACCCUCCUGGUCAUGUCCGUCCAGCCCCUCCGCAACAAUAUAAUUCUGCAUCUCCAGUCGACUAUAGAGACGUUCCAUUCCAUACGAGGGGAGAAGAUGGAUAUAGGUCCGACCCUCACACGCCAAACUCUGCGCCGCCCUUGAAUGGGAGGCGACCGAUACAGCAGAACAUGAAUGGAUAUGAACGAGGGUACCCUCCUCCUAAUAUGGAGCAGCAAUGGAACCCAGGCCAACAAUGGCGUGAACCCCCGCACUGGUCACCACCCAACGAAGGCAGGGUCGACAGAGGCGCAGAGAGCGAUGGAGGUGCCUCGUCUCUGCCGUGGCCAAAUGAUCCACCAUCUGCAAGACCAUUUAGGCACCAGACUGGGCAUCCUGGAGUCUCAAGUCCUCGGCCGCAAGGACCACGCACUCGUGGCCUUAGCUCGCCAGCAAACCAGCCACACCAACACUUGAUCGGUGAUCCUAGGGGUAGAGGAAACGUUUUCUAG